AGACUGCCCGGUGACAGCUGAUUUUUCGUUAGUUUUCAUUAUCAAACGCAAAACCAAACAGGAUGUCGAAAUUCCUGUCCCAAACGGCUCUAAAUACGGUUCGUAACACGCGCUUGGGUUCGCGGCAGUUGGUUCGCAAUUUUGCGGGCAUCGUCUCCACGCGUAACAACACGGAACCGGCGCAACUGAAAGCAACAUUUGGCCAUGGUCAAGGACGUGGUCUCCUGCAGAUGCAGCUACCGCUGGCGGGCAGAAGGAGCAUGUUCAUCCAGACCCAGGACACCCCCAAUCCGGACAGCCUGAAGUUCCUGCCCGGCGUAGAGGUCCUGGGAAAGGGCAACACCUACGACUUCCCCAACGGAACCACCGCCCACAACAGUCCUUUGGCAAAAUUGCUGUUCCGCGUGGAGGGAGUUCGAGGAGUGUUCUUUGGCGCCGACUUUGUCACCAUUUCGAAACAGGAGGGCGCCGAGUGGAGUCUGAUAAAGCCCGAGGUUUUUGCCGUCAUCAUGGACUUCUUUGCCAGCGGCUUGCCCGUCCUACAUGACGCCCAGCCCAAUGCGGACACCGAGAUCCUCGAGGACGAUGACGAGACGGUGAUGAUGAUCAAGGAGCUGCUCGACACGCGCAUCCGGCCUACUGUCCAGGAGGAUGGUGGCGACAUCGUAUUCAUGGGCUACGAGGCCGGCGUUGUCAAGCUAAAGAUGCAGGGCUCCUGUUCCUCAUGUCCCAGCUCCAUUGUGACGCUGAAGAACGGCGUGCAGAACAUGCUGCAGUUCUACAUCCCGGAGGUGGAGUCCGUGGAGCAGGUCUUCGACGAUGCGGACAGGAUGAUCGACAGCGAGUUUGAGCGUUUCGAGAAGAACCUCAAGACGCUCAAGCAGCAGGAGCCGACGGGCGGUGGCCCUAAUUAGUGUGAUGUUCUUUUCUCCUGUUUGCGUUGCUAAUUCUCUAGUGAAACCAAUAGUUGUAUAUGUAGUUGAUUGUGUUAUUAAAUCUACGGCUUUAAGCUUAA